GUCGAGACAUUCCAUGUUUAUGUAACUUGUCAAGUAAAAAUGGCGAGGGUGAUCGGACUUGACAAAUUUGUGCGUUUGAUCCAGAUAAUUCGGCAUAAUGGUGGCAUCUUUAAAUCCCUGAGAGCUUUAUACUUGCGAGAAGAAUUGAAAAUUGGAACCUUAGUGGGCGAAGACAAGUACGGGAAUCGUUAUUAUGAAAAUAACGAAUACUUUAUUGGCCGUAACAGAUGGAUAGAAUACGCUGAUCAUGUGAGGCUAGAGUAUGAUGCAUCCCAAGUUCCAGUCGAAUGGUACGGAUGGCUUCAUUACAAAACAGAUUUACCCCCGCAUAAAGAUCCAAACCGUCCAAAGUACAAGUGGAUGCUACAGGAGCACGAGCCCAAUCUCUCUGGUACAAAUAAGAUAUAUGUACCAUAUUCUACUACCAGGCCAAAAAUUGAAGCAUGGAAGCCUUAAAUGGCAUUUUGUACUAGUUCAAAGAUAUAGUAAACUAACAAAGUACUGUAACUUAUUAUCUUAUAUUCCUGAAUUCCCUAUAUGUAAAUAAACGAACUCUUAAUACAGAGA